AUGUGUGUACCACAGCGAUGCUCGCACAAGCCACUGCCAUCAUUACAGCAGCCGUUGUCGUCACACCUAGAACAUGACAAGAACGGCGCUUGGACACUCGAAGCUGACACUUCGAUUGAUAGCGUGUAUCGAGCACUUCAACAUGGCCACAUCCCUAUCAUUAUGCCCAUGGCCAUUCGUGAGUCGAUGACUGAUAAAGUGACAAUGGAUACGACAAAAAGGACGCUGCGGUGCAUUUGUGUCGAUGCGGACCAAGUCAUGGUCACUUUAUCUCGCGAAAUGGCAUCUCAGCGCCUGGCCGAUGAACUUACGCCUGUGCGUCUCAUGGUGAUCACACGUGAAGGCGGUGUGCCAUCGCAUGCACGCGGUGGUGACCCACACCUGAUGAUCAAUCUUUCGUCUGAGUACGAGUCGAUCCGACGUUCGUACGUUUGGGACGACACACAUCCCACGGCGCUGAAAAAUUUGGCCAUGAUUCGCGACUGCUUGGCUUACAUGCCAAAUAUGGCGUCAGGCCUGAUUGCUACGCACCGAUCGCCGCAAAGUCUCAUUGCAAAUCUCAUCACCAAUAAAGCAGCGUACUCACCGAGUCUUCCACCACGUUUACUUGCAUCGCGCCGAGAAAUGCGGCAUAUGCCAACGGUUGUGCGUGCAGGCAUGCCGAUUCGUAUCGUGACUCAGUGGCACGAAUUGGAUCUUGCUCGCGUGCAGAAUGUAUUAGAGAGCAGCUUUCAGCGCAAACUCAAUGCUGAUGCAUACUUUGCGCGGCUUAAGACCCAUCUUGACUUCGUGAUAGUCACUGGUAAUUACGAUGGCAUUGCCAUCGUGACGCGAGAACAUGCCAUGGAAGAUCCACCUGGCAUGCCACCUAUUGCCUACUUGGACAAAUUUGCAAUGCUGCCGACUCUGCAAGGAAGUGGUGCCGUGGAUUUUUUGUGGAAUGCGCUGCGUGAUGAAGUACAUGGUUUGGGCUUACUAGACGCACUAAACAACAAUGGAGGACAUAAUGGCGUAGGUGUUGGUCGCGAUCUUGUGUGGAAAAGCCGUGCGGUAAACAAGGUCAAUCGAUGGUAUUUUGAGCGAAGUAAUGGAUUCAUGACUUUGCCAGGCGGUCCGCCUCAUUGGUACCUGUUCUGGUGUGAUGCCGAAGAUCGGCUCAAGCAAUAUGCAGGUGAGCCGAUCAUUGCGCCGGGAUCACGUUUAGACGACGUAUGGAUGAAUACAACACCGACAUCUCCCAUGUUACCGAUUAUCGUACCAGAAGAGCAAGGCCGGUGGGAACGGUGGGCCAAAUGCCUUGCUCGUAUUCCAUCUGCAUGGCUUGCAUAA